GCCAAAACUGUUUAGGUUUUUGGUGUUAACUGUCGGCAUAGCAGCUUAGAGCAUACUGGUACAUAAUACAUUCCUGUCGCUAUCACCUGCUGCCUCAGUCUCAGAACCUCGUGUGUGCUCUUGAGAACUGAUUAUAACGAUAAGGCUGCGAUAACUGCGUGGCCUCGUCCCAGGUCGACACCCUUUUGUUGUCACGAAAUAUUUGCAACAGCACGAUCUGUGUGGUGAGUCUAAUGAGGUAGCCUGUCUUCCAAAGCGAUGUCGCUAUCUGGAAAAUCAAAUCGUUCUAAAAACCCUUCUCUUAAAAGGGAUUUGCUGAGUUUGGGUUGUACGUCGAGCAGUCCUGAACUGCCCGCGGAGUCCACAGAUAGAGUAAAUAAAGGACAAAAUGCUGACCCGACUCUAGAAAAUUUUUCCAAAAGACAGACUCAGUGCACCGCGUCCCCAUCGACUUCAGGACAAUCGUUAUUACAAUCAGAACAAACAAGUGAGAUCUACGACUUCUUGGAUUCCGCAUCGAGGGGUUUGCAUUCUGUUUUAACCAACCCCGAAUCGCCAUCGGAGUUAUUUGCUGCCACCAAAUCACCGGUUACACAACAGUCUGAAGUGUCAAAGUUCACUACCAGUGACACAGAUAUGGCUUUCGUCACGCCGCCAUCUAACACAUCAUGUCAUGUGACUACCUCGUACCCUACCACAAAUCAUACCCCAGCGAGUAUGCUGUUGAUGUCCUUAUCACGUGAAACGAAAAAGGGUUCUCUGUCUUCAACACCGUCUUCGAAAUCCUCAUCUUCUUCAUCGUUGCCAGCCUGUACGCUAUCACCCUCAGCAGCAUCAUGGCCCGCAUCUUCAUUGUCAUCACCGCAAUCAUUAGCAACAAUAACAACAUCAAAAAGCCGUACGAGGGAUACCGAUAUAUCUCCCUUAUCAAUGGGGGACUCUAUAACAACAGCUGCAGUAGCAGCCGAAGUAGCGACAACAUUUUCACCAAACUCUUCAACAGCGACAUCAGCAACAGCAGCAGCGACGAAGUCACCAGAAAAUGUAGAAACGGCAUCAGUAGGGGACACAGAAGAAAGCGAGUCGAUGCAAGCCCCCUUGAGAAAGCGCCGUCAUCCCCCCGAUGAGCCCACGAAGAAGAUGAUACCCAACCUCCCCCCGUGUAAAGUAUGCCGUACAAAGGCGUCGGGUUUCCACUAUGGGGCUAACACGUGCGAGGGAUGUAAGGGUUUCUUUAGGCGAGCUUUGAAAACACGCACGAUCUUCCAGUGCGUAGGAGUAAAAAACUGUGACGUCAUAGGAGUGAACAGGAAGCUGUGUGCUUAUUGUCGCUAUCAGAAAUGUCUCGCUGUGGGCAUGUCAAAGACCGCUAUCAAAAUCGGUCGCUACACUAGCGAGACUCGGUCUAGGAAUGUCCUUGAAGCAAGGCUGGCAAAACAGCAAGGCCUCGCAGCUGAUGAGAGCCCCGAAGCUGCUCAAGAGGAACAUGCCAUUGCCCCACACGCUGAUGAUGAAAAGAAUUCUUCGAACACUACUAAGUUUACCAAAAAGAGUAAGGUACAGAAAGACACAAUUCACGAGUCUUUCGUGAAUGGAACACAAGAUUUGAACAUGAACAGUUCUCAAAGCGAUGUGGCUCACGGCCCUUCUAAUCAAAAAGAAGUAUUUUCUCUGUUGUUAGCUCCUGAAAAGGACACAUUGUCCACUACUCAAUACAACUCUUUGACAUUGCUCGCUCCAGAACGUCAAGAUAGAUCAUGCACGCAUGAAGCAUCCUCAAAAAACAAAAAGGGUAUCGCUCUAGACUCGCAGCUGGUGGAUUUGUUUAAGAGUCCGUGUACCCACCAUGGCGUCUGUGGAAUUGCCCAGCCAAUCCAACAGAACGAAUUUACCACUUUCCCAACUGCAUCUCAAAACAAGUGGUCUCUAGAAGCUGAUUCGUCCCCAGGCACAUCUUCAUUUGAAUCGUGUCCCGAUCAGGACGCAAUCUCUUUGAGUCCAAUCGUUCGUCAAGAAACGGUACCUCAAGUAUCAAUUGAUUUAGCAAAUUCAGUUUCUUUGGAUUUUGCCUGCCUCCUAGAAGACGACCAGACCUGUGUCACUGAUCACGUAGACACGUCUGUCGCUCAGUCUAACGUCAGAGAGGAUAGUUCCUGGUGUUCUCCGGCCCCGGUGUAUUCUCCAUGUCAACCGUCAGCUACCCGGAGAGACGUUGCUUCUGAAGAGUCUUCUGUCCUCUCAGACAUGUCGUCUGUCUUGUUGGACCAGACACUAUACCAAACUCCUUCUUGUUCAACUGCUCUUACAGACACGAUGUACCAAAGCUCAGAACACCAUUCUGAACAUGAAGAAAACACUUUUACCCUCCCCAUUUCGAGACUGACGAAUUCCAACAUUGCUAUACCGACCGUGGGUGUCUGUGGACACGAGCAAUCAAACCCAACCGUAAACCACUGUGGUGUGUCUUUCGGGGGUGAGACUUUGGUGGAUGACUUGCUAGCAGCUUCAGAAGCGUCGUAUGAUGGUGACUGUGUACAACACACUUCGCCUGUUGCCUCUGAGAAUCAUAUUUCUUCGCCUGCUUCGACGCCAUCUCCAUCACCAUGGCAAACUAAUACUGUGACCCCUCCUUCUACUUGGUCCUCCACGGGAGGCGCACGAAGCACGAAGAGGGGGGAGUAUGACAUGAUACUGUGGAGUCCUUUGUCACUCUCAGCUGACAUGAUGCAGUUCACGCCUCAGAACUCGUCGUUACCGUUAUCACCACCAGCACAGCCAUUGUGGUCGUCAUCAUUUUCAUCUGCAUCAUCACCAGCAGCAUCUGUGGGAGCAUCACCAGGUCCAUCCACAUCGUCAUCAGCAGUUGUAUUGGCAGCAUCCGGGGAGGCGCAAAUUGAAGAUCAGGACCAGGAGCGCUUGGAGAUAGAAAGAAGUCUGAUAGAAAUUCUCAAGCAGCCUUGGGCGUUUUCCGACGAGAGGACCGUGAAAAAACACAUACAAUUGUUGGAAAGGUUUCAGAGACUGAACGCUGCCAGGUCUGAGAGCGUGGUCCGGCCAAUCUGCGGUAGUGACAACGAGCGCCUGGACAGUAUCAUCCAUGACCUGUUGGUGGCUCACAAUAAUAGCAUGCUGGUGUCUACCUACUUCCCCGAGAGCUUCAUUUUGGACAGGCAGCUGUCAUUCUUG